UUCAAUUAAGAAAAAAAAGAGGUUCAGUGUAUUGGCCAGCCGGUGUUGCGUCACAGCGCCACCAACCUGCAGCAGAAACUUUCUCAUCCAGCCGACUUGGCACAAGCAGGACGCCGGCGGAGCGGAAUGAUCAUUUUGGUGGAGGACGUAACUAUAAAGAAAAUCUUUUUAUUUUGAGUGCUUUCCAUGUCCUCUCCGAGAGACACGCACGUCCCUCUGAGUCUGAGCGCCAUGGCGCACAAGAGCAAGACCAAGAUGAAGCACUUUGUUCAGCAGAAAGUGGAGGUUUUCCGUGCCAGAGAUCCUGUGUCGAGCGUCCUGGUGUGGGGAGUCAGUCACUCGACAAACGACCUGAGCCGGGUGCCUGCACCUGUCAUGCUGCUGCCUGAUGACUUCAGAGCCAGCACCAAGGCGAAAGUCAGCAACCACCUCUUCAACAAAGAGAACCUGCCUGGACUGUUCAAAUUCAAAGAAUACUGUCCACAAGUCUUCAGAAACCUACGUGAACGCUUUGGCAUUGAGGACCAAGACUACCAGGUGUCUCUGGCUCGCAGUCGCCCGCUCAAAGACCAGGAAGGGCAGUGCGAGGGCAUGCUGCUCACGUCCUACGACCGCACUUUGGUGGUCAAGGAAAUCUCCGGCGAGGAGGUGGCAGAGAUGCACAACAUCCUGUCCGAGUACCACCAGCAUGUGGUCACCUGUCACGGCAGCACGCUGCUACCUCAGUUCCUGGCGAUGUACAGAGUGACAGUGGAGAGUGAAGACACCUACCUGUUGGUCAUGAGGAACAUGUUUAGCCACAGACUGCACGUACACAGGAAGUACGACCUCAAGGGCUCUCUGGUGUCUCGGGAAGCAAGUUUUAAAGAGAAGGUCAAGGAUCUUCCCACCUUUAAGGAUGUUGACUUCAUGAACAACAUGCAGAAGAUUUAUGUGUCUGAUGAGCAGAAGGAGAGCAUCAUGGACAAGCUGAGUAGAGAUAUUGAGUUCCUGGCGCGUAUGAGAAUCAUGGACUACAGCCUUCUGCUGGGCAUCCAUGAUGUGCAGCGAGCCGAGAAGGAGGAGGAGGACAUGGGGACGGAGUCGUCCGGCGCUGAAGAAGAGCCGGACGAAAUCGUCUCAGCUGUUGCUCCCAUGAGCUCCACCUUCCCUGCAGGCAUCGCUGGAUACAUGAGCUCCUUCAAAGCCAUGGGUCCCGGGGAGUUUGACCCUCAUGUGGACGUCUACGCCGUAGAGAGCGCUGUAGGUGCACCACAGAGGGAAGUGUACUUCAUGGGUCUGAUUGACGUUCUCACGCAGUACGACACCAAGAAGAAAGCUGCUCAUGCUGCCAAGGCUGUCAAACAUGGGGCGGGAGCAGAAAUCUCCACAGUUCACCCAGAGCAGUACGCCAAACGCUUGAGAGAGUUCAUCACCAAGAUCUUUGCCUGAUAGUGCAAACAGGCACCGAGCUUGCACACUCGUGGUGUCACCGUGCACCAUAUCCUGCUUAUUCACAUACUACCUUGCCUUUAAAGUCACGGUUCGCUUCACUUCAGGUACACUAAGGGAAUACAAUUAAAAACAUGCUUAGA